AUGUGUAAUCAGGUUUGUAACUGGCCACGAGCCGUAAAAUGUACGGCAUCUACCACACCAAAACCAACAACAACAACAACAACAACAACACCGACAACGACAACAACACAGGAAGUGCCAACUACAGUUAGUACAACUUCGACGACAGAACAACCUUCGACCGUACCAUCGGAAACUACUACUUCAACAGAGAAAAUUUCGACAACAACAGAAAAAAAUCCUGAGACAACAGAGGAACCAGCAAAUACAACAUCUAGUACGACAACUACAGUUACUACAACUUUACCAUCUGAAACUACUACUACAACAGAAAAGGUUUCAACAACAACCAAGAGUAGCACAACUACUCAACAUCCAACGACAACGAGUAGCACAACAACGACCACUAAACGCCCAACGACAACAACAACAACAACCACACAACGCCCGACAACAACGACGAAGGCUUCCACAACAACCACUCAACAUUCAACAACAACCACAGCAACUAAGGCACCAACAACAACUCAACACCCAUCAACAACAACUACUACUCAGGUGCCAACAACAACCACUCAACAUUCAACAACAACAAAAGCUCCAUCGACAACAACGAAGGCGCCAACAACAACCACAACGAAGGCGCCAACAACAACCACAACGAAGGCGCCAACAACAACCACUCAACACCCAACAACAACUUCUACUACUAAGGCGCCAACGACAACCACUCAACACUCAACAACAACAACAACAGUGUCACCUGGUGGUUCGUUAUGCCCCGUGUGGUUUGUUGGUGAAGUGGCUCACCCAUACUACUGUGACCGGUUCUACCGAUGCCUCUACGGUGUUAAACUGCUGAUAUUGUGCCCACUGGGAACUGAAUUUGAUGUAAAUUUACAGGGUUGUGUCAUAAUUUCUAGUACGGGCUGCUACGCAAACCAAGGUCGAUGGACGCGCGAACAACAAGUGUACUCCGACAUCAUCGACAUCGACGGAAGCGAAGAAACCGCUGUGCAAGAAACAGAAACCAUAAACUAUGACCAAAGUGAAGUUAAUUCAAAUACAGAGAGAAACAUCCACGUCCAUCACUUGCUGCCGCACGAAUACGAGUGCGGGAAGUUCUACUCAUGCAGCAAUGGACGGCGUAUACUUAUGCACUGUCCCGCGGGACUCUACUUUGAUGUCGAAAUACAGGUUUGUAACUGGCCGCAUGCAGUCAAUUGCAUAUCUACGAGCACACCGAGACCUACAACAACUACUAGUACUACAACGACAACGUUACCUCCAACUUUACCUCCUCAAACAACAACUACUCAGGAAAAUCAACCGACAGAAGAGCCUUCAACAACUGCUAGUAUUAGAACUACUAGUACGACGCGGUUACCUCCAUCUAUACCUCCUCAACGAACAACUACAGAAGCAGAUACACCGACAGAAGAGCCUUCAAUAACCACAACAGAAGAGCCUUCAACAACGACAACUACUAGUACUACAACGACAACUCCGUUACCUCCUCAACCAACAACUACAGAGGCAGCGCAAACGACAGAAGAACCUUCAACAAUAACAACAGAACAGCCUUCACCAACGACAACUACUAGUACUACAACGACAACUCCGUCACCUCCUCAACCAACAACUACAGAGGCAGCACAACCGACAGAAGAACCUUCAACAAUAACAACAGAAGAACCUUCAACAACGACAACUACUAGAACUACAACGAGAACUCCAUCACCUCCUCAACCAACAACUACAGAAGCAGCACAACCGACAGAAGAGCCUUCAACAAUAACAACAGAAGAGCCUUCACCAACAACAACUACUAGUACUGCAACGACAACUCCGUCACCUCCUCAACCAACAACUACUGAGGCAGCACAACCGACAGAAGAACCUUCAACAAUAACAACAGAAGAGCCUUCAACAACGACAACUACUAGAACUACAACGACAACUCCGUCACCUCCUCAACCAACAACUACAGAGGCAGCGCAAACGACAGAAGAGCUUUCAACAACAACAACUACUAGUACUACAACAACAACUACUAGUACUACAACAACAACUCCAUCACCUCCUCAACCAACAACUACAGAGGCAGCACAACCGACAGAAGAGCCUUCAACAACGACAACUACUAGUACUACAACAACAACUACUAGUACGACGACUCCAUCACCUCCUCAACCAACAACGACAGAGGCAGCACAAACGACAGAAGAGCCUACAACAAUAACAACAGAAGAGCCUUCAACAAUAACAACAGAACAGGCUUCACCAACAACGACUACUAGUACUACAACGACAACUCCAUCACCCCCUCAACCAACAACGACAGAGGCAGCACAAACGACAGAAGAGCCUACAACAAUAACAACAGAAGAGCCUUCAACAAUAACAACAGAACAGGCUUCACCAACAACGACUACUAGUACUACAACGACAACUCCAUUACCUCCUCAACCAACAACUACAGAGGCAGCACAAACGACAGAAGAGCCUUCAACAACAACAACUAGUAGUACUACAACAACAACUACUACUAGUACGACAACUCCAUCACCUCCUCAACCAACAACUACUGAGGCAGCAAAACCGACAGAAGAGCCUUCUACAAUAACAACAGAAGAGCCUUUAACAACGUCAACUACUAAAACAUCAACGACAACUCCGUCACCUCCUCAACCAACAACUACUGAGGCAGCACAAACGACAGAAGAGCCUACAACAAUAACAACAGAAGAGCCUUCACCAACAACAACUACUAGUACUACAACGACAACUCCAACAACUACUAGUACUACAACGACAACUCCAUCACCUCCUCAACCAACAACUACUGAGGCAGCGCAAACGACAGAAGAACCUACAACAAUAACAACAGAAGAGCCUUCACCAACGACAACUACUAGUACUACAACGACAACUCCGUUACCUCCUCAACCAACAACUACUGAGGCAGCGCAAACGACAGAAGAACCUACAACAAUAACAACAGAAGAGCCUUCACCAACGACAACUACUAGUACUACAACGACAACUCCGUUACCUCCUCAACCAACAACUACUGAGGCAGCGCAAACGACAGAAGAACCUACAACAAUAACAAAAGAAGAGCCUUCACCAACGACAACUACUAGUACUACAACGACAACUCCGUUACCUCCUCGACCAACAACUACAGAGGCAGCACAACCGACAGAAGAGCCUUCUACAAUAACAACAGAAGAGCCUUUAACAACGUCAACUACUAAAACAUCAACGACAACUCCGUUACCUCCUCUACCAACAACUACAGAGGCAGCACAACCGACAGAAGAGCCAUCAACAACAACAAAAGAGGCAACUACUACUAUUUCUACUCAGCCUCCAUCAACAACAACUACGACAUUUGAAACUACAACACCUAGCAUUUGCCCGCCAGAGUUUUAUGGGAACGUUCCUCAUCCAUACAACUGUGAUAAGUUUUAUUUGUGUCUCGGAGGCAUGGCCACAUUGCUUCGAUGCACCGCAGGCUUUGAAUUCGACCCUGUUACGACGCAAUGCAUCCUGAUUUCCGAAAACGGAUGUUUCGCCGGCCAAGGAAAAUGGACUCCAACGGUACCACCAACAACAACAGUAACAGCGGCUGACACAACAAUCAGUGACGUUUCAACAACAGCGCGACAAACGACUGAGUCUCCUGUUGAAACUACUGUUCCCAUUGUCGAAACAACAACUGAAACUGGAGCCAACGUAACCAGUAUACCAACUGAGGAGGUUCCGACAACGAUUACAACAGAAAUAGAGGACGUUCCAACUACUACUGAACUACCGUUAACGACAACAACAACAAUUGAAACAACAACGCCUGGCAUUUGCCCGCCAGGAUUCUUCGGGAAUAUACCUCACCCUUACCUAUGCAACAAAUAUUAUUUGUGCCUUGGAGGCUUCCCAAUAUCGCUUGAGUGCGCUGAAGGGGAUGAAUUCGACCCUGCUACUGAGCAAUGCGUCCCGAUUUCUGAAAACGGUUGUUUCGCUGUACAAGGAAAAUGGACUCCAACGGCACUACCAACAACAACAGACUCCUUAUUCACUACAAUAAUAGCGGCUGUCACAACAAUCAGUGACGCUGCCACAACAACGCGACAAACGACAGAGUCUCCCGUUGAAACUACUGUUCCAAUUGUCGAAACAACAUCAACUCCACGUCCAGUGACGACAACCACGACAACAACAACACAACGCAUAACAACAAGAAUGCCCCCUGACGAAUGCCCUUCAGGAUUCAAUGGGAAUGUGGCUCAUUCUACGUAUUGUAUGUGA